AUGCUGAGGAGGCCAAAAUGCCGAAUUUUUGCCUUGUUAACAGGGUGUGUGCUUGCGUUGGUAUGGGUGGUUCUCCGUCCGGCGCUUCUGAGGGCACCUGUCCAUGUGCUCCAUGAGGCUGCAGCCUGGGCCGAGGCUGCCAAGUAUCGCGGCGUGCGAUAUCACAAGCAAACUCAUGUGUUCGAGGCAUUGCUGCAAGUUCGAGACGGACCAGGCUACAUUGGUCAAUUCAGUACAGCGAAGGAGGCCGCACAGGCCUAUGAUCGAGAGGUGAGGCGUACAUACCCAGAUGCCACUCCAGAUCACAAGUUCCGGCUCAAGAACCUACUGAAUCUUCCCUCGGAGGAGGAAGCUGCAUACCACGAAACACCGGAAGAGGCACGCAGGCGUGCGAUGAAAAUAUGGGGCGCCAAUCACCGCAAAGAGGCCAGAUCCUUCGAGCUGUUGAAGGAGGCCUUGAAUGCAUCACCUUACUCGGAGAAGUACGAGCUGGUGCGCUUGACUGGGUCUUCCAAAGCAGAUGCUUUGUUCAAGCUGCACGGCUCGUCACAAGCGGGUCUACCGAUUCAGCUCAAGGCAGCAACAAGUCGGUGCAGGGAAGGAAGGGCUUACCAUUUCAGCAACUUGCGGGGAUACGACGGCAUGCUGGUCGUUCUUGUCGCGCUGGAUGGGGGCCACUUCUGGGCGGCCGCCGGCGAGGAACUCAAGUCUGAGAGCAUGGGCAUAACCAUCGGAUGCGACAGUGAUACGCAUCGGCGGGUCGAAAACAUAGUGUCGCAUUUGGUUGGUUGCUUCAAGAACACAAGGAGGUUUCGUCAUGUAUCGGUUGAAGAGGCUGAGUGUGAUUGCUCCCCUUCUCAUCGGGUUGAAGCAGCUGUGCAUCGGCAGCUCAAAGCUUUGUUCCGAAGCAUGAGCUGGAGCUUGACCUGCCCGCAUGAACAUCAGACGACAGUCGACUCCCUGCUGCAAGUCGGCAUCGGGGGGCCGGUGUUAUGCUUACAAGAGAAGUCAUCACACUUCCUUGAGCGUGAGGGCAGAUAUACUGUAAACUUGAGCAAAAGCGGAGGUUCGCUUGGACGACGAGCAUACGCUCAGAACGACUUCGACUUGCUGGUCGCCUGUGUCUUGCUUGAAGGUCGGCUGCAAGGCGUGUUCUUGAUUCCCAUCUCCGAGUUGGUGCAAACAGGCUUUGUGGCCAACAGGCCCCGCAAGCUCACUCUGUAUCCGCCCUGGUCCCCUCCGAAGAUGAAUUCCACCAAGCAGAAAUAUGCCUGGCAGCACAACUGGUUCCUGGACCUUCGCACCUGGCGCGGCUCCGGCGGGCUGCCUGAUGAGCUGAAGGGGCGCGUCGAGCGGCUGACUGCAAAGGAGGAGUCCAAGAUUCCCGAGAAGCGUCCCGCUCCCGAGGAUGCAGCUGCCGCAGACGUUGCGGCGAAGCAGCCCCGGCUGGCUGCCCCCGCAGCGAAAAAGCCCGCCGCACCCAAGGCGGAAGCAAAAGAGAAGAAGUUGACGAAGGAAGAGAUGGAGGCCAAAGUCCUGGAGUACAUGAGGCAGCAGAACCGGCCAUACAAUUCACAGAAUGUCUUCGACAACCUCCAUGGUGCCGUGCCCAAGGCCACCGUGCAGACCAUCAUGGACACGCUCUGUGUCGCUGGGAAGCUCGUGCUCAAGGAGUACGGCAAGAUCAAGGUCUACCUCGCUGCCCAGACAGCGCCUACGGCUGGCGGUGAUGAGGAGCUGGCGGCGGCCGUCGAGCAGGCUUCGGCCCAGCGGAAGGAAAUCCAGGGCCAGGUGGAUGAGGUGCGGAAGUCGCUGUCGCAGUUGGAGAGCAAGCACGCAGCUGCAAGAGAGGCCAAGGCGGCCGCAGAUGAAGUCGCCAAGCUCGAGGCGAAGGCCUCGUCGCUCCGCGCUGCCUCGGGCGAGGAGAGGGUGGACGAGCGUGAGGUCCUCGCGGUGGAAGAUUCGCUGAAGAAGGCCGCGGGCGCUUGGCGCAAGCGGAAGCGCCUCUGUGUAGACGCCCUGAAAACAUUGGGAGAGGGCAUCGGAGCAAAGCUGCAGCAACUCUUCGAACGCUACGGUGUCGACACGGACGAGGACUGCGGCCAGGUGAUGCCCGCUGAAUUCAGCUGA